AUGAGGCCGCUUUUCUUCUGUCUGCUCUUAGCGCUGCGGCUCGUCGCAGCCGACGAUGGCGAAGAAUCCGAUUCCAACCCGAGAUGCAACACCGAUGUAAACAUUGCAUCGCAAGCAGAUGCAGACUCCAUCGCCUCAUGUCACACCGUCCGUGGUAGUGUGACCAUGGCGAGCUCUGUGAGCGGAGCAGUCAACCUCCACGGAGUCGAGACAAUCCAGGGCCCUCUCACAGCUCGCGGAGCCUCGGACCUCAGUGCCUUGAUAGCGUCGGACCUGAAGACCAUUACUGGAACAUUGACCGUGGCGAACAAUGAUGCGCUCAAUCAAAUCUCAAUGUCCAACCUACAGACCGUUGGAGGAGACUUCAAAGUGGAGAACAAUCGAAAUCUAAAAGAUUUGUCGUUGAGUGAUCUGGACGAGAUCAGAGGGGGGGUGACCGUCUCUGACCUGACGAGGCGUAGAAUCUCCCUCUCGAAUCUCGAUACAGUCUGGGGACCGACUGUAAUCCAUAGCUCAGGUACCUUCAACUGCUCAAGUUUGGAUAGUAAACUGUCUGGAGAGGACAGAGUUUUCCAGAGCUCGUACUCAUGCACGACCGGCAAAAGCAACAAGUCAUCCGGCAGCGAUGGCCUCAGCACGGGUGCGAAAGCCGGAAUCGCCGUGGCAGUGGUGAUCGUCGUUCUGCUGAUUCUCUUCUUCCUUUGGCUGCUCAUCCGCCGACGAAAGCGCCAACAGAAUCGACGGACAGAAAAGACAGUGACGGACGCUAUCGCAUCUCAAACACCAGCUCCCACGGGCCACGAAUCCAACACAGAAAAGCUGACUUCAACGCUCACGCCGCCCCAAGAGGACGUCGAGAGGGGUAUCCCCCGAAAGCCAGUGUCCCCCCCACCAGCGGCAGACAGGAGGUCCUCUGUUCCAGCAUCCUUGCUCCCGGGAUCGGGGAGGUUGUCUGUUCCUGUAUCAUUACUUCCUGGGUCCAAUCCAUCAGUGUCUUCGGCUUCUGCGUCCCACCGAAGAGUCACGUCCGACCCCUCGCUAUUUUUACAUCAUAUCGCACCUUCAGCGCCACAGCCUCCACCGUCGGAGAUUGAUGUUCCGAUGCUGGACAGCGGGAAUGUGUAUGAGGUGGGCAACGAUCGAACAAGGCCCCAAACACCUAUCUAUGAGCUGGAUGGAGGUGGGAUGAGCAAUCAUCAGCAGCCCAUCCACCGCGAAUAA